CGGGGCCGGGGCGGGGCACGGCGGCGGCGGAAGGGCCCGGCCCGGGCCGGCCUCAGGGCGCAGCGCCCGCGGACCGCGCGGGCACCGGCAGCUACGGGCAGACACCAGGAUGAACGUGAAGAAGUACUUUGUCCGGGCCCUGCACCGCCUCCAGAAGGGCCCCGGCUACACCUACAAGGAGCUGCUGGUCUGGUACUGCGACAACACCAACACGCACGGCCCCAAGCGCAUCAUCAAGGAGGGGCCGAAGAAGAAAGUCAUCUGGUUCUUCUUAACGCUGCUCUUCGCGUCUCUGGUCUUCUGGCAGUGGGGUAUCCUCAUUAACACGUACCUCUCCUACAACGUCACGUCGUCGCUCUCCAUCGGCUUUAAGACCAUGAAGUUCCCAGCAGUCACGGUCUGCAACGCCAACCCCUUCAAGUACUCGGAGGUGAAGCACUUGCUGAAAGAGCUGGACAAGCUGAUCGAGGCGGCUCUGGAGAGGAUCCUGCAGCCCACGCACGGGGACACCAUCACACCCCUGCUGCUGAACGGCAGCGACAAUGCCUCCGAGGGGCUGGAUCUGGCACUCUGGAACCAGAUUCCACUGGUGCUCAUUGAUGAGCAUGACAAGGACAACCCUGUCAUCGUGGAGAUCUUUGAGACCAACAGGACCGCUCCAGGGAAUGGGACAGCUCCGGGGAACGGGACCUCUCCGGGGAAUGGGACUGCUCUAGAGAACGGGAUCUCUCUGGGGAAUGAGACUGCUCCAGGGAAUGAGACUGCUUCAGGGAAUGGGACUGCUCCAGGGAAUGGGACUGCUCCAGGGAACGGGACCACUGCUGCUCCUCCUGCCCCGUCCAACUUCACCUCUGAAGAGAAGAAGUACAAGCUGGCAGUGAAGCUGUGCAGCCACCAGGGCUCCAACAACUGCACCUACAGGAACUUCACCAGCGCAGCGCAGGCGGUGACGGAGUGGUACAUCCUGCAGUCCACCAGCAUCCUCUCCAAAGUCCCACUGCAAGAAAGAAUCAGGAUGGGCUACCAGGCAGAGGACAUGAUCCUGGCGUGUCUCUACGGGGCCGAACCCUGCAACUACAAGAAUUUCACCCAAAUCUAUCACCCAGACCACGGUAACUGCUACAUCUUUAACUGGGGCAUGGACAAAGAGGCUUUGAAUUCUUCCAACCCCGGAGCCGAGUUUGGGCUGAAGCUGAUUCUGGACAUCAGCCAGCAGGACUACAUCCCCUACCUGUCAUCUGCUGCUGGGGCACGGCUGAUGCUGCAUCAACAGAAGAGCUUCCCAUUCCUCAAGGAUCAGGGCAUCUAUGCGAUGGCUGGGACGGAAACCUCCAUCGGCGUGUUGGUGGAUGAACUAGAGCGGAUGGGCUACCCCUACAGUGACUGUACCAUGAAUGGGUCUGAUGUCCCUGUAAAAAACCUGUACAGCGAAUACAAUACUUCCUACUCCAUACAGGCCUGCCUGCGUUCCUGUUUCCAAAAUCACAUGGCUGAGAUCUGUGGAUGCGGUCACUACAUGUUCCCUUUACCCGAAGGGGUAACUUACUGCAACAACGACGAUAACCCAGGCUGGGCAUACUGCUAUUCAUCACUGAGAUCAAGUAUAAGACAGAGACAAAUUUGCAUUGACUCUUGUAAGGAGACAUGCAACGACACGCAGUAUAAAAUGACCAUCUCUAUGGCAGACUGGCCAUCUGAAGCCUCAGAGGACUGGAUUUUCCAUAUUUUGUCUUACGAAAGGGACAUGUCAACAAAUGUGACCCUGGACAGGACCGGCAUCAUCAAGCUGAACAUCUACUUCCAGGAGUACAACUACCGGACCAUCUCGGAGUCUGCUGCCACCACGAUUGUCUGGCUGUUGUCGAGCCUGGGAGGCCAGUUCGGGUUCUGGAUGGGCGGCUCCGUGCUGUGCCUCAUAGAGUUUGGGGAAAUCAUCAUAGACUCCCUGUGGAUCACUGUUAUCAACAUCAUCGGCUGGUGCAAAGGCCUGAAGCAGAAGCGGGCGCAGGCGCGGUACCCGGACGCACCGCCCACGGUGUCGGAGCUGGUGGAGGCUCACACGAACCUGGGCUUCCAGCACGAGGAGGCCGGCCCUGUCCCCAGCCCAGGGGCCGAGGCGCUGCCCCCGGAGCCCGGCACCCCCCCACCCAACUACGACUCGCUGCGCGUGCGGCCGCUGGACGCUCUGGGCCUGGACAGCGACGCGGAGACCGAGUAAGCAGCACACCCGCUGCCCCCGCGGACUGAGCUGCUGCUGUGCUCGGUUCACAGCUUGCUGAGCAGCCUCCGACGCUUUGGCAAAAUCAGGAAAGAGCCGAAAGCCCUCGCUCUCCUCCCCUCCCCUAAAAUGUUCACUGUGAAGAAGCGCUCUAAUAAAUCCUGCAAUAAAUCUCAGAGCCUGCGUCAGGCUCUGGCUUUAGCACACA